AUGCUCAAGGAAUUUUUGAGUACAUUUGAUCAUAAUUGGCUGACUGCAUUACCAGAGAACUUUCCUCCAGAUGGGCUUUUAAAAGACCGCAGGCAGUCAACACCAUUUGCUGAACGCUCUCUGUGUGAAAGUCUCAGUUUUCUCUUCUGUGAAAUGGAGACAAUAAUAGUCCUUAUUUGGCUGACUCUCUUUUCGGACUCAGCCCGCCUGCACCCAGGUGAAAUAAACAGCCAUGUUGCUCACACAAAGCCUGUUUGGUGGUCUCUUCACAUGGACGCGUGUGGAAUUUGGUGCCGUGACUUGGAUCGGGGGACCUCCCUUGGGAGAUCAAUCCCCUGUCCUCCUGCUCUUUGCUCCCUGAGAAAGAUCCACCUACGACCUCAGGUCCUCAGACCGACCAGCCCAAGAAACAUCUCACCAAUUUCAAAUCUGGACUCCACUGGAAAUCGGACUGUUCAACUCACCUGGCAGCCACUCCCAGAGCCCCUGGAACUCUGGCCCAAGGCUCUCUGACUGACUCCUUCCCAGAUCUUCUUGGCUUAGCAGCUGAACACUGACACUGCCCGAUCGCCUUGGAAGCCCCCAAACCAUCACGGACACCGAGCUUCAGGUAACUCUCACAGUGGAAGACUCAGCCCGCCUGCACCCAGGUGAA